AUGCUAACUGCAAAUUUUAAUCAUAGUUUAUUUUUACCUGCCGAAUACCAUAUGAAUAAACUCGUUGAAACAGCAACGAAAAUUGCUGUCCAAAAUUUUGAAUGGCGAUACAUCACUUUUGUAGUCUUCAAUUCAACAAUGCUGUAUGGUAUUGAAAAUCUACUAUGCUUAUAUGAGAAAAGUUACAUCAUUGGAAAUGGACUAUUUUACCCUCCUUUUGCAGAAAAAACCAGACAAUAUAUUAUAUUUGGAUCCAGCGUUACGAAUAUCGGCUAUAUUUUGGAUUGGAUGCAAUCACACCAAUUUGAUAACACCGGGAAACACAUUGUCAUUUGCGACUCGCAAGAAAAAGGACAUUGUAAGGAAGCAGACGCUGUAGAACUUUUAUGGGAUCACAAGAUAACAGAUGUUAUUUUUCUCAAAAAUGGCGAUAAAGAAGAAGUGCUUGGGUACUCUUAUUUUCCCUUUAUAAACGGAUGCAACAUUGUAAGGCCAGUGCAGUUGAGCACUCUGAAUUUCUUCCAAACUAAAACUUAUUUAAAUGAAAUCUUUCCAAUGAAGCUCAAGAAUCUGUAUCGAUGUCCUAUAACAGUGUCCAUAUACCAGCAAGUGCCUUAUAUGACUGUCAUAAAUGACGUACCCACAGGGAUAGACGGAGAUUUACUACGUAUUAUUAUAAAGGCCUUAAAUGCAACACUUCAUGUUACAAAUCCGCGUCGUGGUUCUGGUUGGGGAAACCUGGAUCAAGACGGACAAUGGUUAGGAUCUCUUGGCGACGUUUACGAUGAUUUUGCUAAUUUUUCAAUGACUUCUGCAGCAAUAACUUUGUCCAGGUUUUCUUCGUUCCAAAUGUCCACAGAUUACUACUAUGCUAACGUUCUAUGGAUUACGCAUCCGGCAGCCUUACAACCUUCCUCAUUCAAACUUCUAUAUCCAGUCCAGACCUCUACACAAGCAGCAGUAGUAAUCAGUUUUAUAUUUGUUAUUGCUGUUGCCUAUUUUGUACGAAGUGGAUACUGGUCAAAAAUCAGUCAAAAACUAGGCAUGAAGCCACCACGAGUCAGUUUAGUUUUCUAUUCCUGGCUCGUGUGUAUGGGACUGCCACUAGUAAAACUCCCAACUCAACAAAGAAUUGUGUCCUUUGUAAUCUUAUGGGUGUGGUAUUGUUUUUUGCUAAGAACUACUUAUCAGGUUUGCCUCAUUCCUGUGCUACGAAGUAAUUAUUAUUUCUCAGGUUUUGAAACAAUACGUGAUGCCUACGAUGCUAAGUAUCCCUUUGGAGGAGGAGCAGCUCUAAGAGAUUUUUACAUCGAUGACCCGUUUGUCUUUGAUAAUUGGCAAAUAGUAGAGGCGAAAGACAUUAUUCCUACUUUAUACAAAAUAGCAAACGGGACAAAAUUUGUUAUUGCCAUGAGCGGCGAAAAUGCUAUUACAUUGAUUAGAACAAAAAAUCUGCAAGUUCAUAUUUUAAGUGAAAUAGUUAUAAAGACACCUACCGUUAUAUUUUUCAAAAAAUUCUCCCCGCUUAAACAGCCUAUUAAUGCAAUACUGAAACUAUUGAUUGAGUGUGGAUUCGUAGACAAAGCAUACAAAGAUUAUAUGAAAAAGUUGGACCCUAAGGAAGCCACAACCAGCGGCCCAUUGAAGGCUGAUCAUUAUAAGGGCUGUUAUUUGAUUCUGAUGGCAGGAUGGGUGACAUCUGCAACAUUUUUCGUGUUAGAAAUUUCGUAUUUCAAAUAUAAUACAAGUUUAAAAUCAAGUAUGGCCGAAGAAUGUGAUCUUAUUUUGAAAAAUCAAGAAAAUGUUUCAACCGUCAUGGUGAACCUGGGAAAAUUGGCAGCAAAAAUUGCAUAUUAUAAUUUUGAAUGGCGAUUUAUCACUCUUGUUAUAUUUGACACACUGCGUUGUGUUGCUUGUGUCGAAGCCUUUUUGUGCAGCUACAGCAAACCUGUUAUUCUGAAAUUUGGGGAAUUCAUACCGAAAAAUCGUGUACAAAUAACCCAGUUCGUAAUAUUCGGCCAUGACUCCAACGAAUUGGCACAUAUACUCGCGUGGCUUGCAAAAUCGCAUUAUGACGUCUCGGCAAGAAUAAUUAUUGUUUGCGCAAAUAACGAUCACAAAAGAUGUGAUCAAGAUGAGGUCUUUCAAACUAUAUCCCAAGUGUUUAUGGUGAACUCUGUAUUUCUCCGACCAACAGAGAGUAAAGACGAACCUACUACACUUACAUAUUAUCCAAUGAAACCAGAUAAAUGUACAAAUAAGAGCCCUGAAGAAAUGAGUAUUGAUUUAAGAUGUUCAAACCAUUCUUGCCUUACAGCUUUUGCAGAAAAGUUGGACAACUUCUACGGCUGUUCGUUUUAUAUAUCGACCAUACAUCAACCCCCGUAUAUGUAUUUGCACGAUGACAACAAAGAGCCAUAUGGUGCAGAUGGUGAUAUCAUAAAACUUGUUGCAUCUAUUUUAAACGCUACGUUAAAAAUUAGGUUGCCCGUCGAAAAGACAGAGUGGGGACAUAGUGUAGAUAACAACUGGACAGGGUCUUUGGGAGACGUUUUCAACAAACGUGUCCAUGCAUCUAUGGCCUCUGUACCUUUAACUCCUACGAAAUAUGGCAAUUUUCAAAUAUCGUUCCCCUAUUAUUCCAUGGAAAUGGUUUGGACCACGCGAUUACCAGACUUUAAACCAACAUGGGAAAAACUUUUCCGUCCUUUAAAAAUGUAUACGAGACUUGUAUUAUUCGCAAUGUUUAUUCUGAUAAUAAUUACUGGUGCUUCUAUCAAAACAAAAAUAUGGAACAGAAUCAGAAAACCAUUGAAUAUUGCUCGAUUUAAAUCAAAUUUGCUCUUUAGAUCAGUGGUUAUAUUUUUGGGGAUGUCCAUUUCAAAAAUGCCGUCCAGAUCAGCGCUUAAAGUUAUAGUCUACAGUUGGAUAUGGUUUUCCUUUGUGAUGAGAAGUGCAUAUCAAGCGACUCUUUUUAAUACUCUGAAAACCACUUACUAUGAUGAUUAUUUCACUGAUAUUCGAGAUGCUAUAGCGCGCGGAUAUUCAUAUGGAGGUCAAAAAUCGUUGAGAGACUAUUAUACAGAAGAGGAAGAUAUCAUUAGAAAUUGGAAACCGGUGAAAUCUGAUAAAAUUUCUGAUGCGCUUGUGGAAGUUAUGAAGGGGAAUAUAAAUUUUGCUAUUGCUUUAAACAAAGCAUCAGUAAUACACCACCUGUCAAAAAACAAUGGAUCGAAGCAUCUUCAGAUCAUUCCAGAGCAAAUUGUAAUCAGCCCUACUGUUUUGUACUUUAAGAAAUUUUCUCCGUUCAUACCGGCGAUUAAUAGAAUAUUAAAAGUUUUGGUGGAAGCCGGUUUCACUGAUAUGUUUUAUGCUCGAUAUUUGGAUCAAGCCAAUUAUUUCUUUCAGCAUCCGCCAGGAUAUGCCAUAACACCGCUUGGUUUCGAUCAUUUUUCAGCGUGUUUUAUGUUUUUAGCGAUAGGCUGGUUGGUGUCCAGUCUAUACUUUGCUAUAGAAAUGUGCUUCAAACCACCACAAGAAUGGUAG